ACCUCUAGUAUAACACUAGGACAAAAAUAAGAAUAUCUGCUUUCAACAGGGGGUACUGACUUGGGUUCUGCUUCUCUGCUAUAAACCACAGGUCUUCCUGAAAAAAUGUGUAAUCCCUUCUCUAGUUAACCUGCUAGCAGGAACAGUGUUUGUAUGAAUAUUUGCUGGGGUUUGUUUUUAUUUCAGACUACCCUUUGCAUUCCUUGCAGAUCUCUGUUCACUAAGCCUGCUUUCAGUGCAUGAGCUGAUGAUACUUCUGGACCAACACUAGAAAGCUCCUCAAAGCCUAUUUAGAGAUAACUAUUUCAGUCUGCUGUUCUUAAUAGCAAAAGUUGUGGAGCUGUUGUAAUGUUCUCUAAGUCCAUCUGAGUGUCUUACCCACUUCUAUGCUGGUUUCAUCCAAGGUUGCCAGAGCCUUAAUAUAGGGAUGCAUGGCACCUACUACUGCUUAUUAAUAAAAGACCUGUGAAAUCCUACAUAACUCCUGAUUUACUAAAAUCUUCAUGGGUUUCAGUAGGGUUUUUCCUGGAAGACUUCUUGAGUCACCAAAUUCAGGCAGUUUCAGUUGUCUACAAUCAAUUCUAAGUCUCUAACUGCAACCAGAGACAGCCUAUAACAAGCCAUCCAAUGUGCCAAAGUGCUUGUAACAGGCUUUUUAGAAAUUCCAGGCAAAGUUAAUGUCACCACAGUUGGUCCUGGAUAACUUUGAUGGGUGCUCAAAGCAUCAUCACUUGACUUUUUUGGUUUGCCUGCUCUUAACAGCCAUAUGCUUUAAGUGGGUAUUUAACACUUCAAAUACUUAGGACUAAUAUGUACAUCACUGUAUCAAGGUAAUAACUUUUUGUCCGCUCUUCAAGGACUUGGCCAAGUACAUGGUAAAGUUGUUCCUUAACCUGAAUGACAAGUCUAUUAAUUCCAACAAACUGUUACCUAUAAACACCUUGCAAACAGUGAGGGAACCAGUCCAAAGCAGUAAAAUAAUUCAGGGCAAAUGUGCUAUCUGUUAUCAACUCUGUGUGUGAUAAAUGGGUUUAGCUAGUUCUGGUGUUAGAGAAAGGAAUCCUCCAAGUGUUGCUGUCCUCAUGGGAACUGGGUUGGAAGCCAAGCCACUAUCUACUACCAGAAUAAACUGAUAAGAGAAAGUAUUCAGUUAAAAGUAGAGCAGUUCUUUACAGAAAUAGUCUGAAGACCUAACACUCUUGAAAAUAUGAGAUUAGGUAGUAUUAUGUAGUAUUCAUUCAAGUCCUUGACUUUGGUUUUGCAACUUCAACUCAUCCUGUUGUUGCAGGAAUUAGGACUGUCCUCCUCUUUUCCCCCACAGAUGUAAGCCUGUGAUCUCCUCCAUACUACAGAAAUAAAGCAUCCCUUUCUGAAAUUUCUCUAGUCAAAAAACACCUAGUGGCUUCAACCAGGAGCAUGUGUGCUCAUAUCAUAUUUUCUGACUUCCACGCGUGAUUAGUGAUGCUCCUUGCUUGGGUUGCUGCUGUGGGCAGUUGUAGCCAUCUCUCAGAAGAUGAACAUCAAGUUAGUUUUGAAAAUAGAGAAAUCAGUAUAUUAUAGCAAGUAGAAGCCACCAAGAGUUGAUCAGGAGUGACAGAUCAGGGAGCUGGGAAUAUAACACCUAGACUACUUUCUAUAGGAGCAGCAAGAAGGCUCUGCAUCUGGUACACUUUUAGGAUCAGAGAACAGAAAGCAGUGAAAGCUUAAAGCAAAGAGCUGAAUGCCCUAGCUUGUGGUAUGCCUGUUCUCAACAGCUUCUCAUGAAUCACAAAGAUUAAACCAGAGCAACAAGUAGAGGCUAAAAUCUUGUACCAGUAUUUCUUCUACCAUGCAAGUGCAGAAGCAGAGGUAAAGCCAGACUGGGAGUGGAACAAAAUUAGGAAAGGUCAGUGGUGUGACAACAAACUCUAAACAGCACAAACUCUAAACAGCACAAUAAGUAUAUGGAUGACAGAAGAUGAAUGGAGAGCUAUUUAACUGCCUUCAUGAAGCCCAUGCUAUGUGGUGUUACUCAAGAAUGGUCUAGUAGUUUAGAGAAGGCUGCUGUGACCUGAGAUGUAUAAGCAGAUAGCUUCAGUGCAUUAAAGGCGGCAUUCUUUGAUCGGCUCUCAAUUUGGCUAGUUCUCUAUGUUCUGUGAAUAGCCAUACAGUCCCUGAGAUAGGACAUCCCUCAAGGUUAUGUUCAUGUUAGACUAAUUGUAAAGACUUCUCUAAGCAAGACAUUGCUGUUCCUGUUUAUCCUUCAAAUCAACACUCAACAAAUUUUACUUGCUACUCUCCAAGCUGUAGUUGGUAUGCAUUUUAAUAAAUGUAAAGCAGAUACUUGAAGUCAGUUCUGGGGUCCUGAAUUUAACUUGUAGCUGCUAUUUACAUUGAAAGUAUACUCGUGUAGAUUACGGAGUCCUUUUUUUUUCUCCUUCCUCUAUAGAUGGCUUAUGAUAACUGCAUGUGUAUUUUGAUGUCUCUCUAAACAAUAAAGGCACAAAACCAACCUACUUUGUCAGGUGUUCAGGUUGCUGCUUCUUUCCCCACCUCCCAGCUGAAUUUCCCACUUGGCUUGGGACUUCAGGAUCCAUCCAGGGUAAUAGAAUGAGGAAAAACUAUUGCUUGUUCUCUGAUUCUAGUGAAUGCACCUCAGAGUAGAGGAUCUGAUGUCUUUGAGGAUAUUAGCUGUCUAGUAGGAUAACCUGCUGACUUAGCUGUUGCACUGAAGUAUUAUGCUAUUCCCUGUACUGAAAUUCUGGCCUUUCCCUCAUUGUCAUGUUCUUCUUACAUGCUCCUUUCAGUGCCUGCAAGUAUUACAGCAGCUCUGCCUACCUACAGAAAUACCUGUGAUACUAUCUGACCACAAAUUCAUUCUGCCUCUGAGAAUGAUCUCGAAAGAUUAAUCAGCCACUCGAUGGGGAUUAACAGUGGAGCACCUCUUUGUGUCGCCUUUCCACCUCUCUGUAGCAAGAAUAACAACUUCAGCACUUCUUCAAUAAUAAUUAUGAAACUGGUAUUAACUGAAUGGCAAUUAUGGAUUUUUAACUCUAACUCACAGUAAACCAGCAAGCCAUAUGUUGAAAUUCCUACCAAAUAGCUUUUCAUUCUUAAUGUCUCCUAUCUAUACAAGAAGUUGCGAGAUACCUGUUUGUACAAGAGGAAUAUAAGCAUUACUUGCCUGAGGAACAGAAGCUGAAAGAGAAGACACGUUAACCUGUUUGUGGAGUUAUGGUAGUAUUAUUUAUAUAGAUAUAACAAAUAUAUAUAUUUUUUAUGGUAAUGAAAAUGGCUCCCCAGAAUGCUGACUCGGAAUCUAUGCAAGUUCAAGAUCUACCUGUGGCACAGCUUCAGAAACCAGAAAACAAGGAGAAUGAAAGCAGGGAGGAGACCAUUAGUGAAGGAUCCAUAGACCGGAUACCAGUACGCCUGUGGGUGAUGCAUGGUGCAGUAAUGUUUGGCAGGGAAUUUUGUUAUGCCAUGGAAACAGCUUUGGUAACACCCGUAUUAUUACAAAUUGGUCUUCCUGAACAAUACUACAGCCUCACUUGGUUCCUUAGCCCUAUCCUGGGCUUGAUCUUCACUCCGCUUAUAGGUUCGGCUAGUGACCGCUGCACACUGAGCUGGGGCCGCCGGCGGCCUUUUAUUCUUGCUCUCUGCAUUGGCGUCCUCUUCGGAGUUGCACUUUUCCUUAAUGGCUCUGUUAUAGGUCUGGCUAUUGGUGAUGUCCCGGACAAGCAGCCCAUUGGUAUCGUUCUCACAGUGCUUGGUGUUGUGGUGUUGGACUUUUGCGCUGAUGCAACAGAAGGGCCAAUUCGGGCCUACUUGUUGGAUGUGGUGGACAGCGAAGAACAAGACAUGGCCCUGAACAUCCAUGCAUUUUCAGCUGGUCUUGGAGGAGCAGUCGGUUAUAUGUUAGGAGGGCUGGACUGGACACAGACCUUCUUGGGUAGUAUUUUCAAAUCUCAAGAGCAAGUCCUUUUCUUCUUUGCAGCCAUUAUUUUCUCUGUCUCCGUUGCUCUCCACCUUUUUAGCAUCGACGAAGAGCAAUAUAACCCUCAGCAGGACAGGAUUGAUGAUGAAGGAGACACACUUUCCAGUGUCAAAUUCAGUGGUAGUCUCCCCCCUCUGAAUCGACUGAAUGUAAUUAGUGAGGAAGAGCCGUAUGGAGCCUCUAUGUUCCACGAUGAGGUUCAGUCAGAGCAUGAUCUCAAUAUGGAGUUCCUUGAGGUAAACAUUGUGAGAAGUAAGAGUGACUCAGUACUGCACAUGCCCGAUGCUACCUUGGAUAUUGAAUCAGAGCUGCUUUUUCUGCAUGACAUCGAACCCUCCAUUUUUCAGGAUGCUUCAUACCCAAACACUCCCCACAACACAAGCCAAGAGAUCAUGAAAUCCAAACUCAACCACCUGUCUGCUUUCCUCAGGGACAAUGAGAAGGAGGAGGAAAUGUUGCUUGAUAAUCGCUUAAAUGAAGAUAAAGUCCCAAACGUGAACGGCUCCCUACCAAAAGAGUUCCUCAAUGGACACGCUAGAAUAGGCAUGAAGCAAUCUAGUACUUCAAAUUCCAUGCGAAGGCGGAGGCACAUGUUCUACCGUCAGCCAUCUUACACCUUCUCGUACUAUGGCAAAAUAGGCUCUCACCGCUAUCGCUUUCGGCGGGCCAAUGCCAUCGUCUUGAUAAAGUCCUCACGCAGCAUGAAUGAUAUCUACGACAUGCAGAAGCGGCAGCGACAGAGGUACAGACACAGGAAUCAGAGUGGCACGACAAAUUCAAGUGGAGACACGGAGAGCGAAGAAGGGGAAACUGAAACCACUGUCAGACUCUUGUGGUUGUCGAUGUUGAAGAUGCCAAAGGAACUGCUGAGACUGUGCGUCUGUCACCUCUUAACUUGGUUUUCGAUCAUUGCUGAAGCUGUGUUCUAUACAGAUUUCAUGGGCCAGGUCAUCUUUCAGGGCGAUCCAAAGGCCCCUUCUAACUCAACCGAGUUACAUGCCUAUAAUGCUGGGGUUCAGAUGGGAUGCUGGGGACUGGUAAUUUAUGCUGCUACUGCUGCCGUUUGUUCAGCCUUGUUGCAGAAAUACUUGGACAACUAUGACCUUAGUAUAAAAGUGAUCUACAUCCUGGGCACGCUGGGUUUUUCUCUUGGCACUGCAGUGAUGGCUAUUUUCCCCAACGUGUACGUCACCAUGAUAAUGAUCAGCACUAUGGGAAUCGUCUCUAUGAGCAUCUCCUACUGCCCCUAUGCGCUUUUGGGACAAUACCAUGAUAUUAAAGAGUACAUUCACCACAGCCCCGGGAACUCAAAGCGAGGAUUUGGCAUAGACUGCGCUAUUCUGUCAUGUCAGGUUUACAUCUCCCAGAUCCUUGUGGCCUCCGCACUUGGUGGUGUGGUGGAUGCCGUUGGCACAGUCGGAGUCAUCCCCAUGGUGGCUUCCGUGGGAUCCUUCCUGGGUUUUUUGACAGCUACCUUCUUGGUGAUUUACCCCGAAGUCAACGAAGAGCCAAAGGAAGAACAGAAAGGACUGGGUCCUCCAGAGACAACCGAAGGCAACGGCACGAGCACAGAGAAGCCGACUGUGCUGAAGCUCACGCGCAAAGGAGCUGCCGCGUCGGAGCUGGAGAGCGAGUCAGCCGUGUAAGGCCGUCGCUUGUCGUUCACCCACAUUCCAGGGGGGGCAGGUGCAGGAUCACGAACUUUCCUUUUUCUUUUCCCCAGGAAAACAAAUUAGGAUCUUCACUACUUGUAGCUAAAAUUGCAGAAGAAAAGGCAGUUCCAUGCAAAUGAAAUUCGUGUAAAUGAAAUUCUGUAGUCCUUAAUAUAGGCUUGAACAGGUAGCUAUGAUGCUAAUUGCUUUCUCUACAACUUAGAAAUGUCAUUUCUGAACACUUUUUUUAUUAAGAAUACAUUUACAUUUCAAAUAAGUUUUAUUAAUCUGCAUGAGACUCACAGUGUAUACAAUUAGCAGUUAGAAAAAUUAAGUUUUCAGCUGUUUUUAAACUAACUGAAAAUGGAAGCUAUCUUGACUUACAGUCUCUUGCUGUUUUUUUGUCUGAACAUUUCAGAUCUCACUAGUGUAAUAGCUGAAUGAAACGCUUAGACAUCUCGAUCCAUUUUUUUCAUAAGCAUGGUAUUCUUGGUCUGACAGCUACAGUUCUUUAACGUUAAGUUUAGACUUCAUGGUUUUGUUAGUGCAAUUACUACAGAAUAGUUUUCUUUGUAAUUAUUUUCAAGAAAAACAAAAGCAAUUGCUGCGGUUUCUAAGAAACUGCCGUGAAUCCUUUUAGUCGUACUGUUGAACAACUACUCCCAAGUCUGCUGCUUGUCAGGAGAGGGUGACAUCAGGUGCAUGAUGCGAACCACAGAGGGAAGGAGCAGCAGCUGGGAGAGGUGACCAGCACUGACAGGUUCUUAUCACAAGUGCUGAAUUUUAUGAAUGUCGUUGGAAUACGCUGUGACAAUUUUUAGCUCGGUGUUUUGCGUGCUGGUGAACUCGGGGCAAGGGGGGGGUGUGUUUCUUGGCAUUUAAACCUGAUUAUCUCUGGAUGAAGCUGCCAUGGAGAAAGGGUGUCUCUGGGCUCAGCUUCGUGGGAGGGGGCGUGCAGAUUCUCUCUCAUGGGCAAAGUCGUUGAUUAAUUGCACUUUUUAUGAUCCUUUAACCUCCUGGCUGGGAACGCAGCAGCCAAGGUAAAGGCACAGUGUCAGUACAACAAAUCGAAGGCCUACCUCCGUCACUUUAUGGCAUAGUCUGGGUGUAUAAAAAUCUGUCAGAAACAGGUUUUAGGCCUUAAAAUUUAAUCCGCUAGCAUGUGUUGCUGUUCCAGUCCCUGUGUUGGAGGAAUUGUAGGCUGGAGCUCUUCCAAGCUGCUGUACCAAUGCCAUCAGCAUGCCCCCUUCCUUGAUUCAGGACAUAGCUGCAGUGCAAAGACAUUUUUUUUCCGUGAAGAGCUUGAAAGAGUUCUGCUAAUCUAAUAUAAAAUAGCGUUUGGAUCACUAGCGGUGUGCCCCGAUCCGUGGGCAGCCAAAGCUCAGAGAUCCAGCAGCCAUUAGAAACUUUAGAAACCAAACUCCCGUUUGUUGUCAUGUCAGAACUGUUUGUGACACUACUUAACUCAUUUUUUGCAUGGACCUCCGGGCUGCAGUCAAUCCAUGUGCUGAACAGACAAAUCACAGCUCAUCGUAAGAUUUCUGCUGCCUCAAACUUCUCGUACUACAGUCCUUCAAAAUACACGUGUAAAUCAUGCUGCAGUAGAGUCAUUCAAAAGAAGAAUAUAUAUUUCACAAUGACAAGCAGUUUAUAAUAAAUUACUUGAAUUGUCAAUAUAUUUAAGAAAUUUAUGGUUUGGAAUAUUUGAAGUUAACGCGCAGUCUGGGCCAGCAGCAGUGACAAAGCCCUGGUGGUGUACAUGGGUUUCAUAGCUGAGGGCUUUCAGUCGGUGCCGAUGCCUCAUGCUAUCAAGGGUGACAAUGUUGGUUUUAGGCCGGUGAAAUCGCCCAGCACUAAACUACAUGUAAUCGCGCAGGACUUAGAGGGGUUUUUGUUUUGUUUCACGUGUGUUGAGAAAGCCUUUUUUUUUUUGUCUUUAAGGUGAAUAUUUUUUUAUUUAGAACACAUACUGUGAACUGUGUUCAGGCAGGGUAAUAAUACUACUGAACAAUACGAGACGUUAUUGAAGAAAUCAGUUGUGAGAAAUAUUUUAACUGAACUUCUGCCGUGAAUUUUAUCAUCUCAAUUACAUUUAAUAUAUUCUGGUGAUGUUCAUAUAUAACAGAGAAGAGUUGUAUUUCACCCUGUAACUGGCAUUCAUGUAAAAUACACACAGAGUUAGACGUUUUAAAGUGGCUUUAAUAUUUUUAAAGCUCCUUAAACAUUCUGCUUUUGGUUAAAUGAACGCUGUCCUUCUUUUAAUCUCUAUUUCUGGAAAGAUUCUUCUGCAGUUUAAAAAUCCGCAGCCUCUGGCCAGCACCAGCCUUACCCUCUUCCCCAGGAGCUUCGUGGAUCAGCGUGGUUUCAAAUCGCCGCUGCUCCACAUAGCACCUUCGUUAGCCAGGAUUUCUUUCACAGCACCAUCGAGCUGACCACGGCCUAGCGGCGAAGAGGGAGGAGAAGUCGCAGCUCCCUCUCUCUUCACACCCAGCAGAGGGAACGUGAAACCGUUUUGGGGGGUGAGCUCACACGCGGUUAUUUAGCUUUCUGAGGGUGAGGAGGGGAGGAAGGACGUUUCGAACCCCGGGGGUUUCAAUCAAAGGCAGGGCAGGUCCAGUUUUGUCCCAGCCAGCAUUUGGCGUAGCCUCAUUUCUAAGAAUUGGAUGUUAAAAUCCAUAUUUGGAGUUGUUUAUGGGGCUGUGCAAUUACCAUUCAUACCACAUGAAUAUGCACGCUGCCUUGUAGCAGGAAGCUCUAUUUCACUCCCCUGUAAAGCCGAAGGAAACAAUUAUCCAUUGUAAGCACGCUGAAGUAUUUGUAGUGUUGCCAGAAGAAUUAACUUGGGGGAGCCCCUGCCAAAGUAUCUCCUCCUGUACCUUGGCCAGCCUGUGAAACCACCGCGCUGGCUUCCACUCUGCUGCCGGUCAGGGCUCCCGAGAUCUUUCAUAGUAACGCUUUUUCUUCAGUUUAAGAGUUUUCUUUCUAGCCCCAGCACUUCUCAGGGUAGAGUGGCCAGUGGUUUAUUUCUUUGUGUGCCCCUUACCUUAUCUUUUGAUACAGAGUUGAUUUUUUUUUUUUUUUUGGUCACGAUUUUAUGUGUUUAUUGCCGAAGUUGUGGGAGGAGAGAUUUGAAGGGGCUUUUUUUUUUUAACUCCUGGUGACAAUAAGCGUCACUUUUUGUUUGUCGGUGUUACUGUACAGUCAAAUUCAUCCAACGUGCUCCAUCUCUUUGGGUCUUUACUGCAGUAGGCUUAAGGUUCAGUGGUUUCAUUCUGUGUUGCUCUAUACUGUACGCAAUUUUAACAUAUUCUGCUGCUGUCCCGGUGACAUGCAACACCUCGGACAUGAGAUGCCAUUAGUGCUCAGAUUCUCAAGUGCUGUAGUCGGUAAGCUGCACAUCUAGAAAUAUCUCGCAUGAGAGCGGAGAAGCUCCAACUUUAAGUGCUCAGAAAGGCGUAGCAUGGAUUUUGCACCAUUGGGUUAUUGCAAGAGUCCAGUCAGGUCUGCACUGUUCGUGGAUGGCAAUCUCAGACUCCAGAAGCAAUAAUUUCUUAGGAAUGUUUCUCUUCCUGCUGGUUAGAUGACUUUCAUAGAGAUUUAUUACCUAAAUAGCCUUUUAAUAACAUGAAUCUGGUCAUUUGCUAGCGCUGGCAGUAAGCAGUUAUGGAAAGAUGUGGGUUGUUCAUCAUCAGAAGGGAGGAAGCCAGUAAAUCCAACGGAGGUUAGUGCUCCUUGAAACACACAAUGUCCUUUUCCCCUUGGAGCCUUUUUCUAGACUAUGAAAUACUCUCGGCUCAGCGGGCUGAAAAGGAGGCAGCUGCGAAUUCAGCCGCCCGGUUUUCUUGCCAGUGCCGAUGCUGGCGUGUGGACCCCAUGAUGAAACAGGCUUGCGUGAGGUUUUCCACAGAGGCAUGGAAGCGGGGGCUGAGCUUUUCUCAUUCCUCUCCGUUCCAAUCUGAAUCUUCCCCCCCCCCCCAGCACUUGGAAUGACAGCGGCAACAACAGUGAUUAUUGCCAGGUACCUCAUUAAAACCUCAGUUCCAUCAUUAGAAACGCACCCACCCGCCCUCGGUUGGUGAUGAGCUCGGGCUUCCUCCAACAUCCACCAUUAAAGGCAGGAUUCGCAUGGCUACCAGAGAGGUCGUGCGGCCGUGCAGAUCGAGAUCACAUUUACAAAUAAAAGUGGAGAAAGUCACCAUUUGUUCCUGGGAGAGCUCCCUCCACGUCUGGGCAGGAGGGAAGUUCGGGGGGGGCUUCCUUCCCGGAGGUGCGUCGCAGGGGUCACCUUUCCUUUUCGGUGGUCGCUCACGUUUUUAGUAAUUUUGUGUAGACACGUAGCCGGGUUGCGCGAGGCUCCGUUGUUCGGUCCCUGCGAUGAAUUGUAGUUCAACCACUGAGACUUGGGGGUUUUUUAGGUGCGUGUGUGUGUGAAUAUGUAUCUGUGUGUAUAUACACUUAUAUACACACUGCUCGGGCCAAAAUACCUUGGGUGGUUGUGUGCUCGUCAUCAACUGUACUCAACAAAUGUUUCCAACUGAGUUCUUCCAGGUUUCCCUCAUCCCAAUCCCAUGGGAGAUGAGCUCAGCUAUAAAUAUGUACCCUAUUUAAAUGAGUAAGUAAACUCCUGCAUGAUAUUCCAAGCACAUGUAGCAGCUUCGGCAUCUGAAGUAUCUAUUGUGAAAGAGAAGUUGGUUUUAUUUGCAGCUGUUUUGUCCUUGUUUCCUUUUAAUAGGCCAAAUAAAUGUAACGAACACCAAAUGUUGCACAGAAAUGUUAUUAAUGACUGUGUAGAAGAAGAAAUACCAAAUUUUAUUUUUCUUUGCAGAAACUUUAUGGUUACAGAGAGUCCUCUAGCUGUUAUUCUUCCUUAAACGACAAAGCUGAACGUUCGUUGACGUGCGUCGAAAAUGGUCAUUUUUAAAAAGCGGAGCUACCCAAAGUUUUUCUGUUUCUCAUGUUGCAUCCAGAACGUUGGCAGAGGCGAGCUGCAGAAGCUCAUGUUAUCAACCAGCCUUUUGUUUUCAAGGCUGAGCAGUUAGGAAAUUGUGUCGGAUAACCACAGAAAGGCUGGGUUGCCUUUUCGUAAUGUCACGCUAACGCCUGCCGGGGCACCGAGGUCUGUUCAUUGAGGUGGUUUAGUUCUUUAAUUUAAAUUAAGAUUGCCUCCUGCAAAACCCGCUUGGUUUGGUUCCUCAAGCCGAGCAGCCCCGCGGCUCAGCUCUUCCAACCUCACCUUCCCUCGGCCCGGGGAGCACAGGGACGGUGAGGGGAGCCCGGGAGGGGCAGAUGCCUCUCCCCAGCAGGAGAGAGCAUCUGCCGAACCAAAAAGGCUUUCAAUGCCCUCAUGACCUGCUGAAGCUGUAGCGAAAACCCCGGGCGCCGUUCAAUUUGGCGUGCUCUGACACAUUUUUUUUUCUUAAAUUUUGAAAUUGGGGGUGAAAUUCUAGGAGCGUUCAGCCAAACCAGGCAUCGCCUCAUUUAGUCUGCGCCUCUUCCGUGGUAGCCAAAGUGUAGUAAAUAGCCCCAAAACCCAGACAGACUUUUCUCUCAACAAAUCGGCAGUUCCCAAUAUUUUUUUUUUUUGACCCCCGAUGUAACAUGAACACUAAGCCCUUUUGGUAGCCAAAUGACCAGCUUAUUUUAAAUGCCUCAUAUUAAUAGAAAGCUGCAUAUAGGCAUCUCAUAGCGGAAAAAAAAAAACCAAAAAAAAAACCACAAAAAAAAAAAAGAGAGAAUAUUUAGUUCCUUUGUGAACUGGCCAUAUGACAACUACUUUUUUAUCAACUUAUUAAGUUGGGGCACUAUAAUAGCUCUUGCUGAGUUUAGCAAUGUUUAUAAGCAUGUGUUAAACACAUAAUGUUAAGUUUUAUGAGGAAAAAGGGAUAAAGAAAAGUAAUGUCACAGAUGAAUGUUUGAGUGCGUAGACGGCAUAAUGUAUGUAUGGUUUUUAUUUCUACACUGUAGAGCUUAUUUUCUGUUUUAAGGUUAAAAAAGAGAUUUGUUGCAUGAGAACUGUUUUACUGUGUUCUGCACUUUCUGUUCCUUUUGUAUAAUCUUGAUUUUUUUUUUUCCAUUUACGCAUAGAAAAGAAAAAUCAAUUUAGAAAUAUUCUACUCCACAAGACAUUGCGUUCCAAUCCGUUGUUCUGAAGUUCGAUCUUAAUAAACAUUUCCGUAAGA